CCCUUCUGAGCCGCUGUUCGGCACAUGUUGAUGAUGUCAGAAGCAGGAAGUAAUCUUACAGGGGAUGUACACAGGAUGGUUAAUAGCAUCUGUCAGUGAGAUCCAUCGUUCUCAUAUUGUCUUUCUUGUUGUCACCCAUCCGAUACACUGAACAGCAUAAAAAAAAUGUCGGAAGAUUCCCAGAGAAAUUUCCGGUCUGUGUAUUAUGAGAAAGUUGGAUUUCGUGGAGUAGAGGAGAAGAAAUCCCUGGAGAUAUUGUUGAAAGAUGAUCGGUUAGAUAUUGAGAAACUGUGUACCUUCAGUCAGAGGUUUCCUCUUCCAUCCAUGUACCGAAUUCUUGUAUGGAAAGUACUUCUUGGAAUUCUGCCCCCACACCAGGAGACCCAUCCAGAGGUGAUGGUACACAGGAAGGAGCAGUUUUAUGAUGUUCACCAUGCUCUGCAGGUUAUGCGCUUCAUCAACGACACUACUCCCCAGACAGAGGUGUUCCUCCGUAUGCAUCAGUUGGAAACAGGAAAAUUGUCUCGAAGCCAAACUUACCUUCUGGAACCAGAGGAUGAGUUCUUCCUGGCCAUAGCUAACAUGAUGGAGGAGAUGGUUGAUGACGAAGUAGAUUGCUAUUGGCUUACCAAAAAUUUUGUGCAUCAUUUGGACACCAAGUUUAGAGAUUCGCAAGUUGCGAUGCAAAAGGGAUUUGAGCAUUACUUAAACUUGGAGGACAGCAGACUGGUGGCUCAUCUGAAGGCCUGCAAUGCUUUGGAAAAGCUCCCAUAUGACUUGUGGUUCAGGAAGUGCUUUGCCAGUUGUUUACCUGCAUCCAGCUUGCAAAGGGUGUGGGACAAACUCGUUAGUGGAUCCUACAAGAUUCUUGUAUUUGUUGCUGUGGAGAUCGUGUUAACUUUUAAAAUGAAAGUUACGACCUUGAAUAAAUCUGAUAGUAUUAAUGAAUUUUUGGAAAAGAUUCCUGAAGACAACACAGAUCAGAUUGUGAAUAAAGCUAUAGAUCUGUGGCAUAAGCACUGUGGUAUUCCUGCUCAUUCUGUAUAAAGAUUCUAUAACGGAUGGUUACCGAUUUUUGUAUAUAUCUGUUCAGAUGUCCAACCUCCUGGUUAUUUAUUUAUAACUUGUAUAUUGACUAAUAAAACAUGAAUAUUCAGAGUUUCCAACUAUGUUUAACUUGAUAUCUUCAUACUAUAUGUCUUUUUAAUGCAGAAUUUAAGCAAGCAGCUAGUGUGAAAAAAAAAAAAAAAUGGAUGAACUGUU